AUGAUGCAGAGGGACAUGGAUCUUCACGUGGCGGUUUGUUUCGGCGACGCUUCCCGGGUUCAGAAUAUUUUGCAGAGAGACAACUCAUCGGUGAACAAGAGGAACCAGCAGGGUAACGCGCCCCUGCACAUGGUUUACCACGGGACCACCAUAAACGUCCAGGACAGCGACAGACUGCUGAUAAUGGGCGCGCUGCUCCGACACGGGGCGAACGUGAACGCUCGAGGUCGCUGGGGCGAGACGCCGCUCCACGUCGCGGCGAGGAAACUCCAGGGCGAGGCGGUGGAGUUGCUGUUGGGAAACAACGCCGAUCCGAACAUUAGCGACGACGACGGGCGUGCCCCUCUGCACUCGGCUCUGGUGGCAAAGUCGUGCCACGAGAGUAUUGUUAGGCUUCUACUGCAGCACCGAGCCGACGCCAAUGCCGUCGACGUAAGCGAAAACACGCCCCUGCUCUACGCGGUCAAGACGGACAGGCUGGACCUUGUGCGGGUGCUCGUCGAUGCCGGCGCGCGUGUGAAUUUCCAGCCCGGCGGUAGGCGAGGGUGCACCGCCCUGUUUCACGCGUGCAGGAACCAAAACGCCGAUAUGGUCGGCUAUCUGGUGAGCCACGGCGCCGACGCCAGGGCGAGGGAGCGCCGAAUGAGGAUGACGCCGCUGCACGAGCUCGCGUCCAGCUGGCGGGAGCACCGCGACCAGGAGGAUACCUGGAGGAGCACCGAGUCGUCCGCCAGGAUACUGCUCGAGCACAACGUCGACGUAAACGAGCGGGACUGCGAACACAUGACCGCCCUGCACUUGGCUGCCCACAACGAGGACGAGGGUCUCAUUAGAGUAUUGCUCGAGGCUGGAGCGGCCGUCGAUCCAAAGGACAGCUACGGAGACACGCCACUGCACCAGCUGCUCGACAAAAAGUUCGACAAGGAGGGCGACGAUAUCAGCCGCCUCGAGAGGAUCACCCGGCUUUUCGUCGAGGAAUACGGGGCGGAUAUAACCGCGCGCAACGGCAAGGGCCAGACCCCCUUUCAAUUGGCCGUUUCGCUCUCCCUCGACAGCAUGAACAUUGUGAAUUUCAUGCUGGCCAAGCUCGCCGGGGUCCAAGAGGCCUCGCUCCAGAGCAAACUCACGCUGCGCCGAUGGUGCAGGGACUCCCACGAGCGCAUCGCCCCCGACUACGAGAUCAGCGUAGCCGUGGUUCUCGGUUACUCGCACGUGGUGGACCGGUUCAUUGAAAUCGGCUACGAUCUCGAGGCCAGCGGCGAGACUCUGCGCCGCGGCAACGUCAUCAGGGCGCCGCUCUACUAUGCCGUCAAGUCGCGACAGUAUCGAAUCGCCAAAAUGCUCCUCGAGGCUGGCUGCCGAGUCGACAGCGAUAGGAGCGUGGAUUACGGAUCGACGGCGCUUCACGUGGCAGUGUUCGAUGCGAGGGACGUGGAGCUGUGCUGUUUACUCCUGGAGUUUGGCGCCGAUCUUUACAGGGAAGAUGCCUUUGGGAAAAACGCCCUGACCUACGCCCUCGAGUACGCCACGACGAACUCGAGCUGGAGCCAGCUCACCCACCUGCUGGUCUAUUACUACGUGAUCGAUGCCCGCUUGCACCAAGUGCACCCGAGCUUGAUAUCCGCGUACGGUAAAUUGAGCGAGUCGAGCGAGCAGCUGUCGGAAGUUAUCUCCGCUUGCGAGAGCAAGCUCGAUCAACUGAGGGGGGACGAGAUAAUCGAGGGCGUGUCGAAGUUCGACGUCCUGGGCAAGAGGCUCGAUGCGUUGGUCAAGUUCUUGGGGGAUGGGGCCAACUGUGAUGCCAUUGCAAACAUGAGUGUUAAAAAGGAUCUCGAGAGUUACGAGUACAUUAUAAAAGUGCGCACCGGAUUGGCGCUCGAGAGGAGAAAACUUCUCGAUGCGGCGAAAGAAUGUUUGAACGCGGCUCUUGGGAGCCUUCUGAGAACAAUUAACUACGAGAGUCUGCCUGAAAAAAUUGUAUGGAAUAUCCUUGGUCGUUUGACCGUGAGGGAGUUGGACAAAUUUGUGAAGGGAAAUACGCUGGAACAGGCGGUACGAGUUUAGGAAUGAGAGGAAAGUACAAAUUGUUCUUUCUUUUUUUUAAAAUGUUUUUUUGUA